AUGUCACACGAAAAGGACGAUGAAUUCACCAGAAGACGUCGCGCAGAAGAACAAGCGCUCAUCGAAACAAUUCGAUACAAAAGGAAGCGCAUCAAACUGGCACCUUCCUUUCCAUCAGAAGAUGAAAUUCAACACAAAAUUCGUACAAUUCUUAGUUCUGUCAUUGAUCUCAUUCAAUCUGAUAAUCUCUUUGACUUUUUCACUGAAAUCCGCGGUCGUAAGCCCCAUUCUUUGCCAAAAACGAAGCCACUCUUCUACAAAUGUCACUUGGAAAAGGUGCAUCUGCAGGCAUGUCACAUCACGGACAAAAUUCGGUGUGGAACAGAAGCAUUGUCAAUGGGUUACGACCUCUACAGACUUCUUGUUCAGGCGGAUGACUCAUUAGCAAGCUCCAGGGACAAGUUUUUCGAAGAGGAAAUCAAAGGAGUGUCGUUUGACCCUACUUUUACAGCAGAGUUUGUUCGCAAGGAACUCGAGUUUUUGGAGGAUUUUUGUCAGAAGAUCCAGACGGAAAUCCGCGAAGCCGAACUACAGCUGAAUAAUGAGACUCAUGAAUCUUGUCCGAAGAAAUCAAGCGCAUUCCUAGCCAAUCUGGAGCAGAAAAUUGAUGAGAAGUUCGAACAUUUCAGUCAGCAGCAAGAGCAAUUUGGUCGCAGGAUAACCGAUCUCGAGAGCAAACUCGACAAGACACGGGAGCAUUGCAGUCAACUGCAAGAAGAAAUCAAGUGCAUGCUGAAAGAGCCUAAGGAAUCUACCAAUGUCGUCUCGGAGAAGCAUUCGCAGUCACCUGUAGUCACUCCCUCGAGACCGAGCAUCGAGGAAGACCUUUUGGAUUUAGAAGAUGACAUCGUUUUCCAAAACUCCGACGAAGGAGACGUCGACGACAACAACAAUGCAUCGGAGAAGCCGACAGUCGAAGAGGAAAGACUAGAGCUAGAACAUCGAUUGAACGUUUUGAGAAAUCUUGUCCAUAUGGAGCGCAAAGUUCCAGAAAGAAAGAUAAGCAUGCGCGAUGUAAUGCAAGAGAAAGACCGCUUCCUACGAUGUUCAUUUUGCUUUGCAAAGGGAUUUCAUUAUAGCGAUAGUUGCCCUGAAGUCCCCACCGUGAAAGGUCGACUUAAACGCAUUCGUUGUGAGCAUUGUUUGGACAUCCGGCAUGAAACCGUCAACUGUUGGAAACUCAAAAAAGAAUGCAUGUAUUGCUCUUCCACGGAUCAUAACAAGGCCAUAUGCACACUCCCUGAGCGCAUCUACGAAUAUUACCGGGAGAUCGAAGAAAUCGAGCGAGAGCUCGAAGAAAACAAGGAAUACUAUUACAAGCCCGGGGGUGGACCACCCCGAAAGGGGGAGUAUCACGACGGUGAUCAUUGA